GGGAGUCCACGCUGCUGCAGAGUAAACAGAGCCGGUUAGCUCUGCGCUCUGUGACUUUGGUGGGCUUUUAAGCACCUUGUAGCCACAUUUUCACUCCUUCUUUCAUCCGGCAGCUGUAUCUUCUUCAGCAUGAGCGCGCAGCCUGUGCUGAGAGUGUUCGUGACGAGGAGGAUUCCUCAGGAGGGACUGGAGCUCCUGCAGAGAGCGGCAGUGUACGCAGGUUUACCUACAGCAGCUGUGCAGACACGCACAGCUGAGAGAGACUCAAUUAAGAGUCCACAGGACGCUAAAACUGAUUUACACAGCUUUUCAAACGGAGCAGCUAAACGAGCUUCAGACACAAGAUGUACUGUGUCGCUGUGGGACUCAGAUGAGCCUGUUCCUCGGGCAGAGCUCCUCAAGGGUGUGGAAGGAGCUCACGGUCUUUUCUGCCUGCUGUCUGACCGAAUUGAUGCUGAGGUGCUGGAUGCAGCCGGCCCCAACCUGAAAGUGAUCAGCACUAUGUCUGUGGGAUUCGACCACCUCGCCAUUGAUGAGAUAAAGAAACGGGGGAUAAGGGUGGGCUACACUCCAGAUGUGUUGACAGACGCGACAGCAGAGCUGACUGUAGCUCUGCUAUUGGCUACUGCUCGACGCCUGCCUGAGGGCAUACAGGAGGUCAAAAGUGGUGGCUGGAGCUCAUGGAAGCCGCUGUGGCUGUGCGGUUAUGGCCUUUCUGGCAGUACGGUUGGGGUCAUCGGUCUGGGACGCAUAGGCCUGGCCAUUGCACGCAGGCUGAAGCCUUUUGGGGUAAAGAGGCUGCUUUACUCGGGACGGCAGCCCAAACCACAGGCCCAGGAGGUGGACGGAGAAUACGUGCCGUUGGACUCUCUGCUGGGUGAAAGCGACUUUGUUGUGGUGUCGUGUGCUUUGUCUCCUGAGACUCAGGGUCUGUGUGAUAAAGGCUUUUUCAGCAAGAUGAAGAAGACGGCGGUCUUCAUCAACACUAGCAGAGGAGCUGUUGUAAAUCAGGAGGACCUGUAUGAAGCCCUUACGGCUGGUCAGAUCGCUGCAGCCGGGCUUGAUGUGACGACCCCAGAGCCACUGCCCACUGAUCAUCCGCUACUGACCCUCAAAAACUGUGUGGUUCUCCCCCACAUUGGCAGUGCCACCUACUCCACACGUGGCAUCAUGGCUCAGCUAUCUGCUAACAACCUGCUGGCUGGACUGACGGGUGAGGCCAUGCCCACUGAACUAAAGCUGUAGUGCCCCCCAGUGGGGCCUGAUACAAACCUCAGCACUCCUCCAACAUCCACACACUCACAAGAUGUUUAAGGUGCACUACAGUGCUUACUAGUUUAGAAAUGACUUAAUGGAAUCAUCUUACAUUUAACUGAAGCUGCAACUUGUUAGUGUACAGUAUGACUACAGUAUGUCUUGGAUGAUCAGUCUCACGAAAGCCAGUAUCCACCACUUUAAAACAUUAAACCAUUUAGUAAGUCGUAAAAAUGAGUGUUUCAUAAUGACUUAAUAAUAAUAAUGACUCAUAAUAAGGUUUUCAUAAUUGACUUCUCAUUGAGGUUUUAUCUCAUAAUAAGGAAAAAGAUUCUCAUUGUGAAUAAGUCUUAGUUAUGACUCGCCAUAAGUUCUCAUUAUCUUGUAAUAACGAGAACGUUUCUCCUAAGUAUGAAAAUGUAAUAAUAAUGAAAGUUUCUUGUAAUCGAGACUAGAGUAUUUAAUAAAUAACUCAGUACCUUCUUAUUAUGAGAUAUUGUCAUAAUUGAGAAAAUAUCUCAUAACUUUGAGAUUCUGUUGUAUUUCAUAGAUAUGAUGCAGGACCUCAUUAUAAGAUAUUAAGUCAAUUUAGAUCUCUAUCUCAGUGUUGAGAUACUCUAUCAUAGUAACAAGAUAAUUUUCUCAAUAAUGAGAUGUCUUUUCAUGUUAUGACUUACUGAUCAUCUUCUUGAUGGUGAAAAUGAUCCUCAACACUGUCAUUAGUGAGCUAUUUGUUUAAUUCUUUGAAUAUAAUCUCUUUUCUUGCCUCCAAGCCUUCAGAUUACUUCAUAGAUUCCGUAAGAAUCCCAUUUUUUUCACUUUCUGCACUAAAUGACUCUUAUGAAGGGUUUCAUGUGCCUUGUUGAUUUUCUCUAAGGUCCUUUGGGUCCUGAGUUUACACAGAGCAAAUAUUUCUUUAGUGAGGACUCACUGAUGCAUUAUCAUUGUCAUAGUAUAAUAAUCUAUAUUAAUGGUGCUGAAGAAUUUCCCCAGGUGAUGCACAUACAGACACUCCAGCACAGAAUCUAUGCCUUAAUAUAGUCUGUAACACGGUGUUCAUCCUCAUUCCAUCUAUGUAGGAGAUUGAACAGGGAUGCUAACAUUAACACGGCUGUUAAACAGUGGCAGAGUUGUUGUCUUAGGAUGGUGUGAGUAACAUUGUGUAAUUUUGAUAAAAAUGUGUCUUAAGGCAAUAACUUAAUAAAUGUAAUGCCUGAAAUUCAA